CAGGCGUCCUCCCUUUUCCUGCCCCGCCCAGCCGGAGCUCGCUGCUGCGCGGCUGGGACUGAGCGGGCGGAGCUCAGCGCAGCUGCCGGACUGGGCUCGGCUUUCGGUCCUGCCAGGACGGCUUCGCGCGAGCCCCUGCUCCAGGGAACGGACCGAACUUGUGUGCGAGGCCGAGUCGGUACGAAGUGGGGACAAAACUUUCGGGAGGAUGACAGGGGAGAACCAGGACGUGCUGCUGGAAGUGGAAGAGGAGGACGAGGAGGAAGAAGAGGAUGGGGAGGUUGUCUUGGAAGAAAUAGCACAGACUACUAUUCCCAGCUAUGGAACAGCGCCAGACCAGCAAAAGCGUUAUACUCCAGAGCAGGCAGAGUUUGAUCAAAAACCUGACUCCUUGUUCUUUAACGAUGGCCAACGAAGAAUUGACUUUGUUUUGGUGUAUGAAGAUGAGAGCAAAAAUGAGAAUCGCAAGAAGAGUGUGAAUAAAAAGCAAAUGAGGAAGAGGCAAGCAUAUGAGUCUAAUCUGAUAAGCAAUGGCUUGCAACUUGAAGCAACAAGAUCGGUCUUAGAUGAAAAGCUUAUUUUUGUAAAAGUGCACGUGCCUUGGGAAGUGCUAUGCACAUAUGCCGAGGUUAUGCACAUCAAAUUGCCUCUGAAGCCCAGUGACCUGAAAACCCGAGAUUCAGCUUUCAACUGGUUUAGCAGACUCCUCCGAGUGGAUGAAAAUAUCAUCAAACCAGAGCAAGAGUUUUUCACUGCCCCAUUUGAAAAGGCUCGUAUGUCUGAUUUUUACAUUCAAGACAAAGACAUCUUCUUCAACCCUGCAACCAGAAGCCGAAUUGUUCAUUUUAUUCUUUCCCGUGUGGAAUAUGCAGUAAAAGACAAUGUGAAAAAGUUUGGUAUUAACAAACUCCUGGACUCUGGGAUCUACAAGGCAGCAUUUCCUCUUCACGAUUCUAGAUUCAAUUGCCGGUUAGAGGACCCCAAAUGCCCUAGUGAACGAUAUCUUCUUUACAAGGAAUGGGCUCACCCUCUAAGUUUUUACAAACUGCAGCCAUUGGAUCUUGUCAGGAAAUAUUAUGGAGAGAAAAUUGGAAUAUAUUUUGCUUGGCUUGGUUUUUACACUCACAUGCUGAUCGUGGCAGCAGUAGUAGGACUUGCCUGUUUUUUGUAUGGAUACAUAACAAAGGACAACUGCACAUGGAGCCAAGAAGUGUGUGAUCCCAACAUCGGCGGCAACAUCAUAAUGUGCCCGCAGUGUGAUCGUGAAUGUACAUACUGGAACCUCACUAUCACCUGUGAAUCCUCUAAGAAACUGUGUAUAUUUGAUAGCUUCGGAACACUAGUAUUUGCAGUAUUUAUGGGAAUAUGGGUUACUUUGUUUCUGGAGUUUUGGAAGCGACGUCAGGCUGAACUGGAAUAUGAAUGGGACACUGUUGAAUUUUUAGAGCAGGAAGAAUAUAUACGUCCAGAAUACGAAGCACGAUGCACUCAUGUAGUAACAAAUGAAAUCACACAGCAAGAAGAGCAUGUGCCAUACACUGCCUGUGGAAAAUGUGUACGGAUGACCUUCGGUAUAAGUGCAGUCUUAUUCUGGAUUCUUUUGAUCGUUGCUUCAGUUAUUGGCAUCAUCAUCUACAGACUCUCAGUUUUCCUUGUGUUUUCUGCAAAUCUGCCACGGCACAUUAAUGGAACAGAAGCAAUUCAGAAGUACCUGACUCCCCAGGCAGCCACUUCAGUAACUGCUUCAAUCAUCAGUUUUAUAAUCAUCAUGAUUCUGAACAUCAUCUAUGAAAAAGUGGCAAUCAUGAUUACUGACUUUGAACUACCAAGGACGCAGACUGAUUAUGAAAACAGUCUGACCAUGAAGAUGUUCUUAUUCCAGUUUGUCAACUAUUAUUCUUCAUGUUUCUACAUUGCAUUCUUUAAGGGUAAAUUUGUAGGAUACCCUGGGGACCCAGUUUAUUGGUUAGGAAAAUACAGAAAUGAAGAGUGUGAUCCAGGCGGCUGUCUCCUUGAACUUACAACGCAGCUAACAAUAAUAAUGGGAGGUAAAGCAAUUUGGAAUAACAUUCAAGAAGUGCUUCUUCCCUGGGUUAAGAAUCUAAUUGGAAGAUGUUGCUCAGCUGCCAGAUCAGAAAAGACUAUUCCCCGCUGGGAGCAGGACUACCAUCUGCAACCCGCUGGAAAACUUGGAUUGUUUUAUGAGUAUCUGGAAAUGGUUAUACAGUUUGGAUUUGUCACUUUAUUUGUGGCAUCAUUCCCGCUGGCUCCUCUUCUGGCUCUUGUUAACAAUUUGUUGGAAAUACGAGUUGACGCCUGGAAGAUUACAACCCAGUUCAGACGCAUGGUGCCACAAAAAGCACAAGAUAUAGGAGCAUGGCAGCCAAUCAUGCAAGGAAUAGCAAUUCUGGCAGUGGUGACCAAUGCAAUGAUAAUUGCUUUUACAUCUGAUAUGAUUCCUCGUUUGGUUUAUUAUUGGUCCUUUUCAGUCCCUCCCUAUGGGGAUCACAGCAAUUACACCAUGAAGGGGUAUAUCAACAAUACGCUUUCUGUCUUCAAUAUAGCGGACUUCAAAAAUGGAAGCAAACCAGUUUCAUUUCCUUGGCUUGGCAACCAAACGACGUGCAGAUAUCGUGAUUUCCGAUACCCUCCUGGGCACCAGCAUCAGUAUGAACACAACAUAUAUUACUGGCAUGUGAUUGCAGCCAAGUUGUCUUUCAUCAUUGUCAUGGAGUGCAAGAGAGUUGGGCUGUGCCUCCCUUCGUACAAAUAUUGGAGGCAAUGCAGACUGGUUCUUCCAGCUCUGGGAUUUGGCCACAUUCCUUCUGCCCUUUCACCAGUGUCUCUGCCAAAACACUUGCCCACUGCAAGGCGGCUGCAUGUCAUAUACUGUGUGAAGUUUAUUGUUUCAUACGUAAUUCCGGAUGUAUCACAAAAGACGAAGAGCAAGAUCAAACGAGAGAAAUACUUAACACAGACACUCCUGCAUGAGAAUCAUCUCAAAGUUAUGAAAAAAAAUAUGGGGAAAAUAGCUGACAGAAUCUGGAAAGGAGAAGAUGGCACUUUCCGACCUAAAUUUGACUAAGAAUUUUACACACAGACAGUACUUAACCGGCUCAGUACAGGUUACUGAUGGCUAAUCAAAAUGUUACUAAUGGCUAAUCAAAAGUUGGGGAUUAACUCCCUUUAGCAAAUAGUGUCUUGUAACUCUUGGCUAUGUCUGGAACAUCAUUGGCUAUAGAGGGAAGGACUGGAAAAUACAAAACCUUGAGAUCCAGUAUAACCUGGAAAAAGCGAAAUGACAUAUUUAAUAGUUUUAGCCGGACAGAAAAUAAGUCAUCUGGUUUUCUCUAAACUGUUGCCUUGUAAGAAGGGGCAGAUUCAUUCUGAAAUGCAGCACAGCGCCUUCCACUUCAUUCAGCCAUUGGUUAUUUCAUCUGCUGUUCAAUUUGCACAAAACCUCAGAAACCAAAUCAUUUGUAUUAAAAACAACACAGCUGCCAUUAGGGUGACCAGGUGUCCCAAUUUUAUAGGGACAGUCCUGAUUUUUGGGUCUUUUUCUUAUAAAGGCUCCUAUUACCCCCACCCCCUGUCCCGAUUUUUCACAUUUGCUGUCUGGUAACUUUAGCUGCCAUUGAAUGAGUUGUGAUCACUUGAAGCAGCUGUCACUUGAUAAUUCAAUCACUGGCUAUAUAAUUAAGCUAAGAGGAAAAGCCAAAAUCAGAAAGAGACAGAAGAAAAAAGAUGAUGACAACUAAACAUUAGGAUGUUCAGCCAUUGCUGUUGCCAUGAUAAGCCUGCUAUGUGCCAUAGAAACUAAGAAAUGCGCAGUGGGGAUUAUACAGAUAAGAUAUUUCAAUCAACAUGGUAAGAAUGGAUUUGAAUCACAAUGAGAGGAAGCACUGCAAGCCUGCUUCUUCUCCCGUUGAUACCUGCAUAGGAUCAGUGGAGAUCCCUGCCUUUUUACAGCAGUAUGACUGAGAGGAGAAUCAGGUGAUGUGUCUUUACCCAGUUGAUGUACAUUAAGUAGUUGAUUUUGCCCAUUCUGUUUUGAAUUUGUAUGCUCUUGGAGGCUUCUUACCUGUAACAGGAGUGAGAGUUUCAAUUCUUGUCACACAUUAAAUCAAUAUCCACAGAGGGCUCACUUUUGUAUCUUUCACAACCAAAACUCCAUUCACUUCAGUGGAUGUGUCAACACAGUAGCCAGGAAAUGUCAUUUCCAGGGCAGGUAGACAGACACAUGCUAGCUCUGCUUGAACUAGCAGACUAAAAAGAGCAGUGUGGCCACAGUAGCUCAGGCCAGCCAUGUGAGUACCUACCCAUGAGGUUGGGCAGCUAGCCAGAGCCACCCCCAGUGCCACACGCAUCUAUGAUCAUCAUGCAAAAAAAAAAUCCAUGUUAGCCUUAAAGACUCUUUUACAGAACAGUGGGGGGGGGGGGGGCGGAAUAUUUAACUAAUGAAAAAGGA